AUGGAGUCGCUUCUAGCGUAUGGCCUCAGCAAUAACAACUGGGAGUCAAUCCGUCGGUAUAUGAUUCACCGGGGCAAACUUCAGAAUUGUACUGGACCAGGGGUCCCCGUCGGAAUAUCGACGAUCACUAAUCGUUACCGUUGGUAUAGACCCGGUAACAAUGAGAUUGAAGGCUUCGUGUGCUGUGAGGGUUGCUAUGAGGAUGUAGUCUCUGCGACAAAUUUCCGAGAUAGGUUUAUUCUAGAUGAAAACGUCGUCAACCAGAAUAAUCAGGCGACCUGUGAUAUGUGUGUCCCUUUCAUCAAGAAAUGUCUUUUGGAACACGCGCCGUCUCAGAACUGGCCUGUUUUUGUCGAAUGGGCAACUGCGCGACUCAAAGUCCCAGCUUGCAAGGCCCUCUCGGGAGCAGCCUGCUCGUCCACGCUUUGGUACAUGCCUCACCCACCAAUCCACAAUGUUCUGAUAUGCGGUGCCUGUUUCCACGACGGCGCUGAUCUGACUCCGUUGGCUGCGAACUUCUCGCAAGUCCAGGUCCCUCCGAACCGGAGCAAUGAAGUGUGGGAAUGCGCAAGUUCGACCAACGUAUUACCCAUGGCUAUGGCUUGGAUUGAAGCAUGCGACAAAAAGAACAUCGCCAUCUGGCAAAACGCAGCACGAACAAUCCCCAAUUUGCCAGCUUGUACAAAAGAAGGAAUCAAGAAUGUGACCUGGUAUACUAUUAAUGGAAAUCCUCAUUUCGCAAUCUGUGCUCGCUGCUACAUUGGAAUAGUCCAGACGUUCGGAAUGGGUGGCUAUUUUCAGCAGAUCAAUGGCCCGACAGAUGGUUCAGCACAUGUAUGCGACUUUCAUCCAAGCAUACCCCGAGCACAUAGCUAUUAUGUGAAGCUCGAUGAGGCGAUAGCCUUCCAAGACUUUUCCAUCUUCUCGAAUUAUGUUGCAAGACUUUCUCCAUUACCGGUAUGUCCAAAGGAUGUUCCACAUGUAAAUCGUCGAUGGUACUGCGGUGAAGAAGCAACAAUCUGCGAAAGCUGCUACGAAGAAGCAUUCCGAGACACCAAACUCGCGCACACCUUGACCCCCCGCGAACGUCCCGAUGAAUGCAUUUGCGACGGCUACUCGCCCCGUAUGCGCGGCAUAUGGAACAAAGCCUGCGCCGAAAACAACAUCCAACCCUUCAACGCCGCCCUUCGCGAAAGGAUGCAGGUAUAUCUAGCAACCGUGCCACGCAUGCGCCAAAUCCUUGAAAUCGCAAAGAUGCGCAUGCAAACGCAACAGACACUGCUCAUGUCCUCUGUCAUGUUAACAGGAGCAAACAAUAUUGUUGCAGCAUCGUCGAAUUAUCAUCCGUAUCAGUAUGGUAGUACACAAUUGGGAUGGUACGAGACCAGUGCUGGUGCGCAGGGUGCGGCGCAGUUUCAGCAGGCGUUAGGCAUGAAUGUUGCUCCGACGGGGGAUAUGGCGGAGAUGUCGCAGUUGGGGGCUAUCUGGAAGCAGUAUGAGUAA